CAAGGUGGUGCCACUGGAUUCGGAGGCACGGCUGGUGGUGCGACCGGUUUCGGAGGUCAAAGUGGUGCGACCGGUUUCGGAGGUCAAGGUGGUGCGACCGGUUUCGGAGGUCAAGGUGGCGCGACCGGUUUCGGAGGUCAAGGUGGCGCGACCGGUUUCGGAGGUCAAGGUGGUGCCGGUUUCGGAGGCGCAACUGGUUUCGGUGGAAAUACUGGAUUCGGAGCGGGAGCAGGGGCAGGAACUGCUGGGUUCGGAGCAGCAGGUAGUGGAUUCGGCGGAACAACCGGGUUCGGUGGUCCGGCCGGAUUCGGCGGAGCGACUGGAUUCGGGGCCGGAACGGCCGGCUUUGGAGCCGGAACGGCUGGCUUUGGGGCUGGAACAACUGGUUUCGGAGCUGGAGCGGGCGGUUUUGGCGGUUUCGGUGCCGGUGGUGCCGGAUUCAAUGCUCAGAACCUGAACUACACGCUGGCGAAUCUGAACAACAAUCUGAAUAAUCUAAACAAUUUGAACAACAAUUUGGCCGCGUUGAACAACAACCUGAACAGUCUCAACAACAAUCUCAACACAAUCUCGAACAGCGGUCGUACAUUCUCGAACGCAUCCGGCACCAACUGA